AUGCUGAUGGAACAGGACACUCAGUGGCUGUACCACCUCCUGGCCGAGGUCCAGUUGGAGAGGUUUUACCUGUGUGUCCGGGACAGCCUCAACAUCACCCGCAUAGAGCAUUUUGCCUACGUCAAGGAGUCUGACCUCAAACAGAUCGGCAUCAGCAAACCAGGACAGAGAAGAUUAUGGGAUGCUGUGAAAUGCUACAAGAUCAACAUGAGGCCUAAGUCGUGGAUGGUCAAGGCAUUCAGUGGGUGUGGUCCGGAGGGGGGUGACCAAUGGGGCAGUGUGGGGUCGGGCCAGGGGCAGGGCCAGGAGACAGGGGGGCGGGCCCUCACCUGUCUGAUCCAGGAUGGUGAGCUGAUUCUGGGGGAGAAGCUGGGAAUGGGCUCCUUCGGCGUGGUGAAGAGAGGAGAGUGGCAGACCCCCACUGGAAGAGUGCUGCCGGUGGCAGUGAAGUCUCUUAAAAGUAGUCAGUCCAGACAGACAGACACCCUGACAGACUUCCUCCAGGAGGUGACCACCAUGCAGUCUCUAGACCACCCCAACAUCAUCCGCCUCUACGGAGUGGUGCUCACACAGCCCCUCAAGAUGGUGACAGAGUUGGCCUCUCUGGGGUCUCUGUAUGACACGCUGCGCUCUCACCAGUACGAGUACCCCCUGGCACGCCUCUGGCUCUUCACCACCCAGAUAGCAGCAGGUAUGGAGUACCUGGAGGGUCGCAGGUUCAUCCACAGGGACCUGGCUGCCCGGAACGUUCUGCUGGCCUCCAGGGAGAUGGUGAAGAUUGGGGACUUUGGUCUGAUGAGGGGCCUGAGCCAGGAGACGGACCACUACGUGAUGACGGCCCACAGACGCAUCCCCUUCGCCUGGUGUGCCCCAGAGAGUCUGCGGGUGGGCUCUUUCACCCACUCCUCUGAUGUGUGGAUGUUUGGGGUCAUUCUCUGGGAGAUGUUCACCUACUGCGAGGAGCCUUGGCUGGGGCUAUCUGGCAAACAGAUCCUGUGGCGUGUGGAGCGGGAGGGAGAGCGUAUGGAGAGACCCCCUGACUGUCCUCAGGAACUCUACUCUGUGAUGAGGAAGUGUUGGGCCUGCACCCCCUCCAACCGACCCACCUUCUCCCAGCUCACCACCCUGGUCGCAGAGGCUCAGCCUAUGGAGGUGUGUGCUGUGAGGGACUUUGCGGAACCUAGAAAACUCACCCUCCUGUCCAACGACCUAGUGACCAUCAUAGACCAUAGUCUGGAGCUGUGUGAGUGGAAGGGCCAGAACCAAAGGACCCUGAUGGUGGGCUGGUUCCCCCCAAGCCUGGCUGCUCCCUCCCUCUCCGCCCCCAGCAGCACCCCUGCUCUUCCCGCCAUAGCCCCCGUCGCUGCCUCAAGCCUCAUCUCGCCCCCCCUGAAGGGCAGUCUGCAGCACACGGGGCAGGCUGAGACCCACCCCGACUGUAACUGGGGAACGCCGGAACGCCUCGAAGAAAGUGUAAACUGGAGAAGCAGCCCAGCAAACAGAGAGAGAGAGGCCGGCUCCAAUUUACAGAACAUGUCAAGUAUGACCAGGAGUCUGGAGUCUGUCCUGAGCAGUCCCCAGAGCAGGACUGUAGGAGGGGUCAAGGUGGACCCCCGUCGUGGACCCCUCCCCAACGCCAUGGUUGCCCGCAGCGUCGUGGUGCAGCAGGACCCCCGUCGGUUCAGCAAUGCCAGCAUUAACCCCCCACCUCGCCCGCUCCCUCCCAACCUCAAACGCCUCAAGAUCCCCCAGGUGGCCUUGAGCCGAGAUCGGAGGCCUGUAAAUCCAGCCCCAGGCUCCUUGUGGCCUCCACAACCUCAAGAGCAUCCACAGCAGCAGAUGCUACAGCCACCCCAGCCCCAGCUACAGCAGACCAUGGGGGGCAGCAACCUGGGCAAGAUGGCCCACAUGGCACGGUCCAAACCAGCACUGGAUGACUAUGGAGACAAGGAGAGGGAUCAAGAAAAGGAGACGGUGAUGAGGGAACGAGAGAGGGAGAGGUACCCGCCUCAAAUGCAACACAUCAGGGAAGCCUUCAUAGCACAGGUCAUGGAAGCAGUGCAUGGAGUGACCAAUGAGGAGGUUCGGAACGCACUUCACCGCAAUGAAUGGAACCCUAUAAGGGCCCAGCAACAACUCAAGAUGGAGCAGCUGUACUCUCUGAGCCUGUGUUCUCGUGACGACUGCCUAAGGAUCCUGUCCCGCUACCAGUGGGAUCUACAACUGGCCAGCCGCUACCUGUUCAGAAUGGUACGGGAGGAGAGGACUGGAGGAGGAGAAAGGGAGAGGAGGGACGGAGAAAGAGAGGCACCCCCUGCUGCCAUGGAGAGACGAGGAGGAGUGUGAGAGGUGCGGGGAUGGAGGGAUACUGGAAACAGAGGACAAUAAAGCUUUACAAAAUUGAAGAGGAACUGAGGAGCUAUUUGAGGAAUUUAAGAGAUGGGAUGGUUGAUAAAAAAGGAAUGGAAUAUAUAUGAAGUGAACCAUAAAGACAUUACAGUCCUCCAAAAUACUAUUUUUAUCCCUUUUUACAGUUCUGUUUAGUCUUUUUUUAAUGACGUGACAGACAGCCACAUCCUCUCUGUUCUCAAAAAAGUUGUGUAUCAUGAUGAAUUUGUUAAUACAGUGCCUUGCAAAAGUAUUCCUUCACAUUUUAUUUUGUUACAAAGUGGGAUUCAAAUUGAUUGAAUUGUCAUUUUUUGUCAACAAUUUACACAAAAUACUCUGUCAAAGGGGAAGAAGAAUUCUAACAUUUUAAUAACUAAAAUAUAGUAAUUGCAUAAGUAGCCAGCUCCCUGAGUCAAUACAUGUUAGAAACA